UCGGCGGGACGAGAAGUCUUUUGUCAGGACGCACGCCCCGCCACAUGGGAUUCAUAUCGCCAUCCUUUCUUUCUUUUCUUGUGUGCCAGAUUCCGAGUCUUGUGUAUCUGUUUGCUGUACCGUGUCCCAUCACGGAUAUCAACGCACUCCUAAGUCCUGACUGAGGCGCCCCCUUCCCUCCUCUCAUCUCCCCAAAACACGCCCUCUCCCCUCUGUCGUCAAUGUGGACGCAGCUCCAUCAGAGUCACGAGGCUUACCAUCAUGUCGUCACAAGACGCCAGAGUCUGAGAGCUUUGGACAUGCAAUGGCAUUCUUCUUCGAGGCAGGUCUCGCAAUGGGUCCCGUGAGAGAGCCAAGCCCCAUCUCUUCUUCUUCUAAUUCUUUGCUUUUCUAUCCUAUGUCAUGUCAAGAUUGAGCUUGCAUCUGCAUGUAUUGCAUAUGUCUGUGUCUUUGGUCGCUGGCCCCUCUCUUGUUUCUCGCCUGCGCACCCUCUGCUUCUGGGCCCGCACGGGUGAAAGGGACCCAGACCCGGCGUGGCUAUGCCCACAGUCCAUCAAGCUGCUCUGGAAAAGGCGGCCGGUCGUGGUGCCCCUGCUACAGUGGUCCCCGUGGUGGAGCCCUUCCGCAGUAAACAUCCUCCGAGGCUCGAGCUUCAGCGCGAGAAACUCCCCUCCGACGGCGCGCUAUCGUCGAAAUUGCGUCACACUGCUUAAGGGUGUGCUUGCCAUUCCGAGUGCUUGGCGGCGUAGGCGAGCUACUGUUGCUAGCUCUAUCUCGCUACCAGCACCUUAUUGACUAACCAAAAACUCCAAAAAAAAAAUUCCAGCACGCGAGCAAACAAACAGUCGGAGAAACGUAAAGAAUCAAGCGUCUCGGUCAGCGAACAGACCUCAACCGAUCAUUGUUUGGUUUCCCCGUGAUUCGGAGAAAAAUACACAUCCUCAAACGCACUCGACGGCAAUUGAGACCACUCAGCCUCACUGUGGAAAGCCUCCAUCACGUUGUUUUAGCCUCCUAGCAGUGCCCCGCGGCGAAAGAGAGAAAAGAAAAAACAUCACAGCAAAUCACACGGCUCGCCCGCGACAUCUCGGAUCGCGCCGCUUGGACGGAAUCCCACAGACGAUACAGACCAAUCAUCCGACCUUGAAAGCCCUCGUGUGUCCCGGGCCCGAAUCACGCACGCCCAUCACCGAGAAGAGAGCGCGCUCCUCUCUCUGUCAUCCUUUCACUACGUCUUAGAGCCGCUGCGCCCAGGUCCUGCGAGGACACAGCCGAAUGCAUGUCGCCCAGCGGCGAACGCCUCAAGGAUGAGGGCUCCCGCCUGCAGGUCGUGGCGGCCGGCGCCACAGCCGGCCUGUUUGCACGCUUUGUAAUCGCCCCCCUCGAUGUCGUCAAGAUCCGCCUUCAGCUGCAGACGCACUCGCUCUCCGACCCUCUGUCGGUCCAGUCCGCCAAGGGCGGGCCCGUGUACAAGGGCACCCUGAACACAAUGAGGCACAUUCUCAUGAACGAGGGCAUCACGGGGCUGUGGAAGGGCAACGUCCCCGCCGAGCUGAUGUAUGUGUGCUACUCGGCUGUUCAGUUCACAACAUACCGGUCGACGGCCCAGUUUCUGCAGACUGCCUUCGACAAACGCCUCCCGAACGCCGCCGAGUCCUUCAUCGCCGGAGCUGCCGCCGGCGCAGCCGCCACGACGGCCACAUAUCCCCUCGACUUGUUGCGGACCCGCUUCGCGGCCCAGGGCAACGAUCGGGUGUACAAGAGCCUCCGAACGGCGGUGGCGGAUAUCUAUCGUGACGAGGGCCCGCGCGGCUACUUCCGUGGCCUCGGACCCGGCGUGGCGCAGAUUGUACCGUACAUGGGCAUCUUCUUCGCCCUGUACGAGGGUCUGCGGCUGCCGCUCGGGGAUCUGCACCUGCCCUGGGGCGGCGGGGAUGCCACGGCCGGUGUCGUCGCCAGCGUCAUGUCCAAGACGGCCGUCUUCCCCCUCGACCUGGUGCGAAAGCGCAUACAGGUCCAGGGGCCGACGAGAUCGCGGUACGUGCAUAAGAACAUCCCUGAGUACCCCGGCGCCAUGCGCGCCAUGCGCAUCAUAUUCGUCAACGAGGGUGUUCGCGGCUUGUAUCGGGGCUUGACUGUUAGUCUCUUCAAGGCCGCGCCUGGGAGUGCUAUCACGGUGUGGACGUAUGAGAGAGUGUUGAGGAUGCUGCAGAAGCUAGACGGAUCCGGUGAGCAGUUGUUUUGAGGGUAUCGCGGAAAGGGGAGGACCAAUGAAUAGUGACCAGGAAAAUGAUACCCUUUGUUAGAGAACGGGAUUGGGAUCUCUCUUUGGGGGGAAGUCCCCCCCCCCAUGUACAACACCCGGGGGAGUCAUGGGCAACUGGCUCUCGGUUAUCUUGAUUAGACGUAAUUCGUACGCCAAGAAUGAUCAAAGAAUAGCAGCCCUGAUCGUUUUGCC